AUGCAGCUGGGAGCUCUCCUGUUGACGCUUUUGGAUCCGUUCAAAAUAAUCCGAAACUAUCUUCUGAAGCCUCUUGCCGUUACCGGAGUGGUACUGGCCGAAGAGUACAAACGAAAGACCGACGCCGGUGUACAAUCGACGAAAAACAUCAUCCUCCGACUGAUUGUGGCAGUUCUCAUCGGGUUCUCCAUUCUCUGGGCAUCGAUAUUUAUGUAUGCUUACUUCUACUAUUCAUACAUGCCAACGGUGUCGCACGUGAAGAAUGUGUAUCUCAACUACAGAGACUGUCAAUCUGAAAAAGAAUGCCACCAAUUCCCAACUGAUACGGUCAUAUUAACCCAGAAGCAGCAGAUAUUGAUGGUUGGUCAACCUUAUCGGAUAACACUCAACUUGGAAAUGCCAGAAUCUGAAAAGAAUGGCCAGACAGGCAUGUUCACCGUUUGUGCCGUGAUGCACGAUCACGCCAGUGAGCACUCAACCAAAUCCUGUCGGCUUUCGAUGCUCCACUACCGGUCCGAUUUGCUCAAAAUGAUUCGCACUGUUGUGCUGGCUCCACUAUUUAUUUUUGGCUACCAGGAAGAGAAGCAGUCUGUUUCAGUUGAUUUGUUCACGCACUUUGAGGACAGCCAGGCUCAUCCGGUAACCAGCGUGGAAAUCACAAUCCUCUCCAGGGACAUUCAGUUCUACACUGCCCAGCUGCACAUAUCGGCCAAUUUCUCCGGAUUGCGAUACCUUAUGUUCAACUGGCCAAUCCUGUCCGCCGUAAUUGGCAUUGCAACCAACUUGUUUUUCAUUCUGAUUGUGUGUCUUCUAAGUUGGUACCACUGGGACGACGCAGAGUGGAUUGGUGAGAUUAAGGAUCGGUACCAGCAGAUUGUGAAAACACCACAACGGCAACCGUCAAGUCAGCUGCCGCCGUCGGAGCAGAAAUCGAUAACGGAUGACACUGUGAAAGAUGAGGAUGUUGAGGAUAUUUCUAGCUUUAAAGAUGAUUUGGGAUUGGCAAGCUAAAGUAGAGAAUGCGAAGUUGAUUGUUUGUUUUGCGGGCGUGUUGGUUGAAGACUUACUAUUUUGUGCUGUAUUGAAGUAGAUAUUAAAUUGAUUAAUAAAAAGGCUCUUUUGUGGCAGUUAA